AUGGCAAACCAACAGGACAAGUCCUUCAUGGGCAUGCCCGGUUUCCUCGUCGACUUCUUGAUGGGUGGUGUCUCCGCUGCCGUCUCCAAGACCGCCGCCGCUCCCAUUGAGCGUGUCAAGCUUCUCAUCCAGAACCAGGAUGAGAUGAUCAAGGCUGGCCGUCUCGACCGCCGCUACGCUGGUAUCGCUGACUGUUUCCGCCGUACCACCGCCGACGAGGGUAUCGCUGCCCUGUGGCGUGGCAACACCGCCAACGUCAUCCGUUACUUCCCCACCCAGGCCCUCAACUUCGCUUUCCGCGACACCUUCAAGUCAAUGUUCGGCUACAAGAAGGAGCGCGAUGGCUACUGGUGGUGGAUGGCUGGUAACUUGGCCUCCGGUGGUAUGGCCGGUGCCACCUCCCUCCUCUUCGUCUACUCUCUCGACUACGCCCGUACCCGCCUCGCCAACGACGCCAAGUCCGCGAAGAAGGGUGGUGAGCGCCAGUUCAACGGCCUGGUAGACGUCUACAAGAAGACCCUUGCCUCUGACGGUAUUGCCGGUCUCUACCGUGGUUUCAUGCCUUCCGUCACUGGUAUCAUCGUCUACCGUGGUCUCUACUUCGGCAUGUACGAUUCGCUCAAGCCUGUCCUUCUCGUUGGCUCCCUCGAGGGUAACUUCUUGGCCUCUUUCUUGCUCGGCUGGACUGUGACUACUGGUGCUGGUAUCGCUUCUUACCCGCUUGACACCAUCCGUCGUCGCAUGAUGAUGACUUCUGGCGAGGCUGUCAAGUACAAGUCUUCCGUCGAUGCUUUCCAGCAAAUCGUCGCCAAGGAGGGUGUCCGCUCGCUCUUCAAGGGUGCUGGUGCCAACAUCCUCCGUGGUGUCGCCGGUGCCGGUGUCUUGUCCAUCUACGACCAGGCGCAGCUCCUCAUGUUCGGCAAGCAGUUCAAGUAA